AUGAGUGAAGGUGAGUUGGCGAUUGGCCGAUAUGAAAAGCACCAUGCUGUGAGAUGGAAAGAUGUGGCUGUGAAGAAGGCAGUGAAGCAGGAUGGUGUCAGUAUGCUAGAGGCUAGAGCUCUUAAGAGGACUGUGACCUACAUAUGCACCACAGCUGAGGUGAGGAAUGCGUUGGCCUAUGUCUUUCUGAAGUGCCAAACGAGAGCUAUGAAGUUCAUUCAGCAGCAGGCUUGA